UUCCAAUCGCUUUGAGUUUAGAUACAAAAAAUCGUAAAAUGAAAACAGAUGACUGAGUGUCUAAUUGUCUGUUUGUAUGUGAGUAUCUAUUUGCAUGCAUUUCGAGUUGCAUAAAUUGACACAUUUAGUUCAAUUAAUAGUUCGGCGUUCAUUGCAUACAUAACGUCACACUCGGCAACAGUUGUUUUCCAGUUCUUAAUGCAAACAGUCGUUCAAGAUAGUGGAAAACAGCUCGAAAGUGAAUUGAAAGCCGUUUAACCGGAAGGAUUACGUAUAACCCCGAUGUCCUUUGAAAAAAAAAAAAAAUAAAAUCAUAUAAAUAAAUAAAUCAACCAAACCAGGUGCUGUGUAAAUGAUAACUAAUCGUGAAGUGUUGUUUACAAAAUGCGCAUAAAUUGUUCAGAGGGUAGAAAAUAUGUCUGAUAAUAGCGUGAUAGAUUGUUUGCUGGGAAGUGCAAAAUAAAAUAAAAAGCAAUUGUAUUUUGUAAAGAGUUAACUACCCUAAAUCGAUAUCUAAUCAAUAACUAACAAAUUUAUUAGUUGUAAUCGUGGUCGCAAGUGGCUAAGUGCGUCUUCGGAUCUGUGCAGUCGAGUAUUUCAUAAGUUCGCGGGUGCCAGGUUACUACUAAGUGCUUUGCGUUGAAAAUUGGUGCGUCUUUCUUAAAAUUGUAUUUAAUAUCAAUAUAUAUGAUAUCAUAGAUACGAGCAUGUUAUGUUUAAACAAGUGCUUUCUUUAAGAAAAGCAAACAAUCUUAAUUGGAUGUAAUUUUGUGAAUUUUUGGUGCAAAACAUUUGUGACGUCUGAUUAAUGGUUGCUAAUUGGGUGUAUUUCAUACAAUUUUUUGGAGCUCAGCUUUAACGACAAAAAUAUCUUUCAAACUUCUACCAACUAAUCGGUGCACUAUGUCCAAGCAAACUGAACUUGAAUGCCUACAAAAAAAUAGUAAAACUCCUAUUAUAGUGAGUAAUGGCGUGAAGAAGGCUCCAACUGCCAAGCCGUUAGGGGAACGUAGAAAAGCGGUGCUAAGACAGGAAUUAAUGGUUUUCUUGGGCAAUACUGGAGUACUAGGUGGUGGUAUGGCUGUAGCAAUACCUUCUGUAACCUUGGGUCAACUAACUAAUCCGUUGGAAACAUUUGUGCUGGGGUCCGAUGAGUCCAGUUGGUUUUCUUCAAUCAAUACAAUGGCCUGUCCUUUAGGUGGUUUGCUAGUAGGAUAUUUAAUGGAUCGCAUAGGGCGUAAAAAUACUAUUAUUUUCACAAAUAUUGUAGGAGUUCUGGGUUGGGCUUUUUUAGCAGCAGCACCCCUACACACAGAUCGCAAUGCGACUUAUGUUCAAAUGUUAAUUGGUAGAUUUCUUUCUGGUAUAAUGAUUGGUUUAUGCGUUUCACCAGUUGGAGUUUAUUCCGCUGAAAUAAGUUUACCUAAAAUACGUGGCCGUUUAAUAAUGGGUACAUCUAUUGGCAUUGCUGCCGGAAUAUUGUUUAUGUAUAUUCUAGGUUAUUUCAUUAGAAACGAUUGGCAGCUGAUAUCCAUUAUAUCUUGCAUAUAUCAGAUUAUAUCAACAAUUUGUGUGUUUCCAAUACCUGAGAGUCCCAGCUGGUUGAUGCAAAAGGGUCGAGUAGAACAGGCACGAAAAUCGCUAAAAUAUUUCCGUGGUUUAAACAAGGAAGAUCUAACAAUAUACGAUGAAUUCGAAACUGAACUCGCACAAAUAAAGAAAACUGCCGAUUUAAGUCGUAGUACCGCUGAAACGGAGUCUGUGUUUCAAGCUAUUAAGUCACCAGAAGUCUAUAAGCCACUCCUAGUAAUGAUUGCUUUCUUUGCAUUUCAACAAUGGUCAGGUAUUGUUGUUGUUAUCGUUUAUGCCGUACAAAUUGCCACACGAGCUGGAGUCUCUACAGAUCCCGUUCUUUGCGCUGUACUGGUAGGUCUCGCACGUAUUAUCACAACAUUUUUUAUGAGCAGCAUUUUCGAAAAGUGGGGUAGAAGACCUGCAGGUAUUGUAUCGGCUUUUGGUAUGUCCGCUUGCAUGUUGAUACUAGCCUCCUGCGGUUGGUUCGGUAUACCAUUGCCUAUACUGCCAGUCAUAUGCAUUGUACUACACAUAGUAUUCUCAACAAUGGGCUUAUUGACUUUGCCGUUCUUCAUGACUUCAGAAGUCUUUCCGCAACGCGUACGCGGCAGUGCAUCUGGACUAACAGUAUCCUUUGGUUUGUUAGUAUCAUUUUUAGUGCUCAAAUUAUAUCCAACCAUGGAAACCAGUAUGGGCACAGCAAAUGUAUUUGCAUUUUAUGGCUUUGUGUCUCUAAUUGGUGUGGCAUACAUAUAUUAUUUUGUACCAGAGACAAGAGGACGCACAUUAUUAGAAAUUGAGAACUAUUUUCGCACUGGAAGAAAAGUUUCAAAUGCUGAAGUGGCGCUACGUGCCAUAACAGUUGAUGCUGUUGAAAUGAAUGAAGUUUUUAUAAUUAAAGAAAAUUCAGAUAAAUCUGAAGAAUGCAGCUGAAUUGCGAAAAAAACAUACUUAAUUCAGUGCCAUAAUUACAAAAAGGCGUAGACUGUGAUGCUAUGAUGCAUUCUAGUAUUAAUAAUUUAAUAAUUGAAAUAAAAUAUAAAAAAUAAAAUAAUAUUAAAUUGA